UGUUGCUAAAAUCACCAACCAAUGCUAAAUUUUUUGAAAAAUACUCAUUUUUUAUAUAAAAUUUUGGAAAUUUCUUUAAAAAUACUAAAGAAUUUUUAUAAAUUUAAUGGCAAUCCAAAUAAUAUGAUAACUAACGUCGGCCGCAUUAUAAAUUGAACGGCGUUAAGAAUAACGGUUAAGCUGACUACAGCACAAUUUGUUUUGUUUUGAUUAUUGUUGCUGUAAAAUUUACUUUUUUAUAAAUAUUUUAGAAAAAUUCUAAUAAAUUAUAAUGAAAAUGGCUAAAAGAGACAGAGAAGAAAAACAUAAGAAAAAACAUAAACAUCACAAGUCAUCCAAAAACAAAUCGGAGAGUUUUGAACAAUCCAAGGAAUCGCCCAAUGUAAGCUUACAGCAAGAAAGUGAAGAUAUUGAUGUGGAAGAUGAAAGAAAUGAUACACCCAAUAGUAUGAAUCGCAGCAAGGAGUCAACCUUUAACAAUGACGAGGAAACUGUCGAUGUAGAAGUGGAGGAGGAAUUAAUGGAGGAUAGCAUCGAAAUAGAAACAAGCAUUGAGGAAACAAGUGCAGCUAAAACUAUUCAAAAGAUGGAAAAGUCCACAAUUAACAAAAAACCACUUAAGAAAUUAGAAGAAACCGAAAUAGUUAAUACAAAAACUCCCGUAACACCCUCCUCUGCUGCAAAUAAGAAAAAUAAAAGACGCCGCGAUAGUGGCACCUCCAGCGAAGAGGAACGUUGGUUGACGGCUGUAGAAUCGGGAAAACUAGAAGAAAUUGAAGAUGUAGAAUUGCGUAAAAUGAAAGAUCCCAAACUAAUGACUGCCCGUCAAAGAGCCAUGUAUGAUCGUAAUAAUGAUACCGAAUCUGCACCGGGAUUUUCGGAAACCUUAAUGGCUCUACCCACUGGUUACAAGGAAAAAGAGAAACCACAAACCGCCGAAGAACUACAGAAAGCGGCCUUAAAAAUACUCAAACGUAAACAGCAGGCGGAUGAAAAGCGUGAAAAGGAUAAAAAGAAAACUAUGGAACGUUUGCUUAAGAAACAAGAAAGUAAACAUAGGGCGGGUAAUAAACCAAAAUCAGCGAAAGAACUAACUCCCAUGAUAAGUUAUAAGAAUACUUUGGAAGGUGCGGUUAUACAAUUACCGGCGGGUGUAGAAUUUCCUUUGGCCGCUCAAUUACCCAAAGAACCACCCAAACAGCAGUUGUGUGGUAUAGCGGGUUGUAGCAAUCCUAAGGUGUAUAAUUGUUCCAAAACUAAUUUACCUUUAUGUAGUUUCGCGUGUUAUCGUAAAAAUGUUCAAUCUCUUAAAGAAAUUAUAUGUUAAGAAAAAAAGCUAGAUUUUUUUUUAUUUUUAAUUUUUUAGUCGAGAUCAUGGACUAGAAAAUAGCCCAGCCUAAAUGCUACGCUAUAGUCCAGACUAUAGACAGUAGUCUUGUCUAUAAUCCAGAUUAUAGAUUGCACUUAAGAAUAGACUAGUAUAUUAUAGACUAUACUAUAGAUAAGACUAUAGACUAGACUGUAGACUAUGGAUUAGGCUAUAAACUCUACUAAAGAAAUGGCUAUAGAAUAGGUUACAGACUAGACUAGGCUAUAGACUAGACUAUAGAAUAGAU